AUGUACGCCAACACCAACCGUUACCACGAGAUGCUGAACAGCGUCCGUGACUUCCUCAAGCUCUACCAGGUGCCCAAGGGGCUGAGCGAGAGGGUCAUGGAUUACAUCGCCUCCACCUGGUCCAUGUCCCGGGGCAUAGAUACUGAAAAGGUAUCUCAAACUGUAAGCCUGACAUUCAUUACCUUGGCUUGCAUGCUGUCCGUUGGUUGGUUUUCCUGCAUGGUAGCUUCCGCAGCUAGCUGGUCCUUUUGUAUUGUGGUGUGGUGGUCAUCGUGGCUCUGUGUUUUGAUGUGCUUGACCAGUCCACUUGGGGUGGGAGUGUGGGGGAGGGGGUUGGUGUUGAGUUAAUGGAUAAUGCUCUGUAACUGUCAUAUUAACUGAUUAUUAUAAUUGGUAAUGACAGUUGGUGUUAGCUUAUGACAAGUGACUUUACCCUGUUAUGACACAAACUUUGGCUGAUUUGCAAGCUGGUGGUAGUUAGAACGUGUGCAAUGUGAGAUUUGAUUCCAAUUAAUUAAAUGCCUGAAUGUGACAUGGUUUUAAAACAAUUAUGAGCAUAGUAUACAGAAAAAACAGUGAGGAAAGUCGAUGUAAGAAAUGUGUCUAAUUAGUGAAAUAUUUAGUAAAAGCAAUACAAUGUGUUGUCCUUUUGCGGCUGUCUGAUAGCUAUGGUGAGUAUAUGCAGUUCAGUACAGUUUUUUGGCACAUUCCUGUGCUGUAUGCUUUGGAAUUGCCUCAGUGACAGUAGAAAGCAACACUAUGUUAGCUUCCAGGCACAUUUCUCCCACAGCGCAGAGAGACUGGAUGAGCGAAGGAGGGUAAAAUCCUUUAAGGAUUCUCUGGUAUCACACAUGGACUCACCUCAGCCUCCCAGGUGUUUAACUGUGGCUGUUGCUGUGACAACAACAGCAUCCCAGCCAGACCUGUAGAGAGGAGGCUGGUUUGAUUGGCAGUUCUGGGGGAUUCUUUGUAUGAUCUGUUUACAUUUUAGUCAUUUAGCAGACGCUCUUAUCCAGAGCGACUUAGUUAGUGAGUGCAUACAUUUUCAUACUGGCCCCCCGUGGGAAUCGACCCCCCCACAACCCUGGCGUUGGAAACCCCAUGCUCUACACGGGGCACGUUCACAUACUUAACUAACCGUAACCUAUACAACUAACCUUAAGACACCGUUGGGGUUAGUCUAUACACUUAUACUUCCUGUUUUUUUUGACAGAAAAAGCUAAUUUUACAUCUACAUUUUAGUCAUUUAGCAGACGCUCUUAUCCAGAGCGACUUACAUUUAGCGAGUGCAUAUAUUAUUUUAUUUUUCAUACUGGCCCCCCGUGGGAAUUGAACCCACAACCCUGGCGUUGCAAACGCCAUGCUCUACCAACUGAGCUACAUCCCUGCCGGCCAUUCCCUCCCCUACCCUGGACGACGCAGGGCCAAUUAUGCGCCGCCCCAUGGGUCUCCAGGUCGCGGCCGGCUACGACAGAGCCUGGAUUCGAACCAGGAUCUCCAGUGGCACCACUGCACCACUGCGCCACUCGGGAGGCCCCCAUUUUAAAGAACAAGAUUUUAACAUUGAUGUACUGUUCUAUUUUCUAUGCUCCCUAAGUGCUCCUCUAACUUGUACUUUUACCCAAUGAGCACCAUUACUGGAUGAUGAUGAUGAUGAUGGUGAUUGUUGUUGAUGCACUGCAAAAUGUUUUAUCUUAGCUAGAUUUUUAAAAUAUUGUAUUGAGUGAUAAUACACUUAAUUGAUCUUGAUAAGAAAAAAAUUCAAGUAAUUUUAUCUUACCGCACUGGCUUGAUAGAAGUGGAGUAAGAAUUUUAAUAGGAUGAAUUAUCUUACAAGUGGGUUUUUUAUCUUACUCCACCUUGUAUCAAGCCUUUUUUAGUUUAAAAUAAGCCAAAUGAUCUGUCAAUGUGGUAAAAUCAUUUAUCUUGGUAAGAAAAAAAACGUGUCAUUUUAAGUGCAUUAUCACUCAAUAUAAGAUUAAAAAUCUAGCUAAGAUUGCAUUCUGUUGCUAUUAUUAUAAAUAUUAACAAUCUGUUUUUGGUUGGGUGCCUUGAUGUGACACCCUUAGAAUAUUUCAAGAUAAAGAUGGAAGGAAAAUUCAGAAGGGGGAAAAAAAGAGAAGAGGAUUUGAAAGUAAUGUAUCUAAACGCUAUCAUGGCUGCCAGUGAAAAACUACUGGUUCACCAAAGACAAUGAGUUUGGAAGGUGAUACAAUUUGGCUAUUAAACUGAUCUCUCUCUCUCUCUCACCCCCUCUCUCUCUCUCUCCUCUCCCCGUCCCAGGUAUUGCAGAUAUGCCCUAAGGACAUGAGGGCAGAUAUCUGCGUCCACCUGAACAGGAAAGUCUUCAAAGAACACCCUGCGUUCAGGUUGGCCAGUGACGGGUGCCUGCGUGCCCUGGCCAUGGAGUUCCAGACUAUCCACUGUGCCCCUGGCGACCUCAUCUACCAUGCCGGGGAGAGUGUGGACAGCCUCUGUUUCGUGGUGUCAGGAUCCCUGGAAGUCAUCCAAGAUGAUGAGGUGGUGGCCAUCUUGGGUGAGUAGUUGUCUAUUAUACAGUAUGAUGAUGUAGGAUUACAUGGUGGCCAUCUUGGGUGAGUAGUUGUCUAUUAUACAGUAUGAUGAUGUAGGAUUAUAUGGUGGCCAUCUUGGGUGAGUAGUUGUCUAUUAUACAGUAUGACGAUGUAGGAUUACAUGGUGGCCAUCUUGGGUGCGUUGCUGCUGUCUAUUGUAUAGGAUGGUUUGUGGCCAUUUUGAGUGAGUUGCUGUCCAUGGACCAGUGUUUGAGUUGAGCCGGUGCACAUCGGUACCGUCGUGGUCAUCGGUACCUCGUGUGAAAGGAGCUAUUGUCUAAUCCCAACGACAGUCCCUGUAGAGACAUUACCAGGAUGUUAAUGUGGGACUGGUGGGUGAAGGUUACACAGUUAAAUGUUGAGUGGCUGUAAAUCGCACCUUGUUAUUGAUCUGAGUGAUGGAUUCUUUGUCCUUUUCUCACAUCAUGGUUUGGUUGGUCUCCACGGUGUGUGUGCCGACGGAUGUGCGUGAGUGCAUAUACAAACUGUUAGAUUGUUGCUGGACAAACAGCCAACGUUGCCAGGCAAACACGCAACAUAAUUAAAAACGGUAAACAGUAAAAAUGCAACACAUCAAAACAUCAAAACAUACAGAUGGAUGGUCUUCCCAGGGCCUUCUAACAUACAGUAGCUGUGGUUACUUUCUCUCGUGUUGCUGACCUGCAAUUGGUGGGUUGGCUUGUUGGGAGGAUUGAAAUCCUAUUUACAUUGUUAUACUUGUCCUUGUCCUGGCUAGUUCAUGUUGAUUGAACCCUGGGUGAUGAACUAGCUACCGCUGUAAAUCACAUUCUCAUUAAACUAAUUGCAGUUGCUAUACAGAAUCCUUGCUACACCAGCUGCUGAAUGUAGGGCUAUUUAGCACUGUGAUCAUUCUAUUAACUAAUUAACUCUAGUUGUUUACCUAAUUUUCUUGGUUUGUCAGAAACUGCAGAACAUGAAAGCUUUUGUUUCUAAGGUUCAACCAAAUCUGAUCUUCUGCAUUUUUGAAGGACUGUGCAGUUGAUUCACAUUACUCCAGCUGUGGAAUACAGGUCUAUGUAGAACAAUGAUAGUUUUACUAGAAUUGACUCUAGCUGUGUUGCUGUUCCAUUUUUGCCUCUCUAUCACUGCCUUGGUUUGUUUUAGGGUGUAAGACAUGAAAGCCUUGUUUAUUUAUUCAAUCCAAUCUGAUUAUGCUGACAAACCAUCAAAACGAUCCAUUGUAUCACAACUGAUAUGUCAGAUUUGUUAGUUCCACAAUUUGAGUGUGAAUGUGUGAAUUUACAUUGUUUGGACUGACUAUUGCCAACCCACGAACUAUAAGUAAGUAAGGAGCCUUGGCUUGUGCGAGCCAGAACAGCUCAUAGGAGCAGGAGUCUAUCUCCUGUUUCUGUAGCGUGAGGCAGCUUGAUGUACAAGUACACACCCUGGAUAGGACACUAGUCUAUCGCAGGGCCUUACCCCCAAUCUAUCUCCUUAAUGUUGAGUGUCAAGCAGGGACACAUCAGGUCCCAUUUUUACAGUCUUUAGUAUAACUCAGCCGGGAAUCGAACUCCCAACCUUCCAAUCUCAGGACACUGUAACCACAAGGCCACUGAGUUGGUUCAAACUACCAUCAUACUGUUUUGUAUGGGGCCACACACCCACCCAGGUACGCUCUGUAAUUCAAUGUUGGCCGUGUAUUUGGUGGAUGUUGCCAGCUUUUCAACAAUGUACCGUAAAGCUGAGGCAGAUGUCAGCUUUAAUUAGGAAGAGACUGAUAUAAACAGCUGGCCGUGUAUUUGAUGGAUGUUGGCUGUGUAUUUGAUGGAUGUUGGCUGUGUAUUUGAUGGAUGUUGGCUGUGUAUUUGAUGGAUGUUGGCCGUGUAUUUGAUGGAUGUUGACCCGUGUAUUUGAUGGAUGUUGGCUGUGUAUUUGAUGGAUGUUGGCCGUGUAUUUGAUGGAUGUUGGCCGUGUAUUUGAUGGAUGUUGGCCGUGUAUUUGAUGGAUGUUGGCCGUGUAUUUGAUGGAUGUUGGCAGCUUUUCAACAACGUACCGUAAAGCUGCUUUAUUGAGGAAACAUUUACUUACUAUGGCUGUUAUAUGUGGUUGUCCCACCUAGCUAUCUUAAGAUGAAUGCACUAACUGUAAGUCUCUCUGGAUAAGAGCGGCCGCUAAAUGACUAAAAUGUAAAUGUCAGCUUUAAUAGAAAGAGACUGAUAUAAACAGUUCUCAUUUCUGGAUGCAUACACUGUGUGUGUGUGUGUGAUUAGUAGUCUAGAGGAGUAGAUCAACUGAAAUCUAGCAGGUUGUUGCGCUGUGCUGUUCUGUUCUUUGUUCUGUUCUAUCUUGUGCUGGGCUGUUCUGUUCUAUCUUGUGUUGAUCUGUGCUGAGCGGUGCUGUACUGUGCUGAGUGGUGCUGUACUGUGCUGAGUGGUGCUGUACUGUGCUGAGUGGUGCUGUACUGUGCUGAGCGUUACUGUUCUACGCUGAGCGUUACUGUUCUACGCUGAGCGUUACUGUUCUACGUUGUUACUUUGUGUUGAGUGCUAGUCAGAGCUUCUCUGGAGAAUAGGAGAUGAUCCUGACUUUGUGUUUCUCAAACAACAAAUAAUUAUCUCACCGUAGAUUAUCUGCUACGCCAUAAUGACUGUGUUUUUAAGUCAAAUAACUUAUUUGGGAUUUCUUUGCAGUAUGGUGAUUAGCAAAGUGACUGAUGGGAGAGAUUUCCUGUUUAUCUCAUCCCAAAUGAAUAUAUAAUAUUUGUAUGUGUUUGACUAGGAGAAGACGUGUGUGUGUGUGUGUGUGUGUGUGCGCCAGACCUAGGUUCAAAUACAUGUGUAAUUGAGUAUUUUGUUAUUUAAAUACUGUUUAAUGUGUAUUUGAGUGUUUCCAAAUACAUUCCAAAAUUCAACUACUUGUUUUUUCAAAUAAAGGUUAUCUGAAUAUUGUUUUCAAAUGUAUUGAAAAGUAAUUGAAAUACCUGAAAUACAAUUUUACAGAAUAACAAAUAGGAUCCUCUAGGAAGCCAGACACAAUGAUCAGAACAAAUGUGUUUAUAGUGUCUGUGUUUGUUUUGUCAAUUCACUGAACAUUGAUAUGAUUCACAUCAACAAGUUUUAUAUUUCAGCCAGUAAGGUUAUUGGGUUCAAACAGGCUUUUGUUGCUGUGACUGACAGGGUUUGAACCAGCAUUUUCUGCGUGCCAUAACACUUUGCUAUCCUGCUGAGCCAAAGCCUAGACAUUAACUAUGGGAGCAAACGCACGUCUUCACAUCUCAGGCAAAGUCACACUGGGCUAAACAAAUCAUUGUUAGGUCUCAGAAGUAAAUGGGUAAAUAAUCAGUUGUAAACCAGCCAUUUUAGCUGUUUUCUCUCGCACUCUGCAGGUAAAAAAAUAUUUCAGAAAUCUCUCUAAAGUCUUAAAAAUAAUAAUUCAUCAGUAAAUCUCGGAUGCAAAAUCUGUUAGAUUUAAGAAGUAAUAUCUUAGUCGGUUCUCUCUCUCUCUCUGUCUCUGUGUGUGUGUGUGUGUGUGUGUCUGCAGGUAAGGGGGACGUGUUUGGGGAUGUGUUCUGGAAGGAGGUGACCCUAGCCCAGGCGUGUGCCAACGUGCGUGCCCUGACCUACUGUGACCUCCACGUCAUCAAGCGGGACGCCCUGCAGAAGGUUCUGGAGUUCUACACAGCCUUCUCUAACCACUUCUCACGGAACCUGCUGCUCACCUACAACCUGCGGAAGAGG